AUGGCAAGAAAGAAAUUUAGUGGCUUAGAAAUCUCUCUGAUUGUCCUCUUUGCCAUAGUUACCAUAAUAGCAAUUGCCCUAGUUGUUGUUUUAGCAACGAGGACACCUGCUGUUGAAGAAAUUAGUGAUUCUACUUCAAGUCCAGCUGCGACUCCAUAUCCUUCUGGUUCAGGAAAUUGUCCAAAUGACAUAAAUGAUCCUGUCAAUGUGAGAAUAAACUGCAUUCCAGAACAAUUUCCAACACAGGUCUGCAACAAAGUCCUUAAUAUUUUUUAUGAAUAUAUGUUUGACACCAGCGUUGGCCCCCUGGUGUACUCUGACCAGUAUUUACAGAUCUCCACCAGACUUCCCAGUGAAUAUAUUUAUGGCAUUGGGGAACAUAUUCAUAAGAGAUUUCGUCAUGAUUUAUACUGGAAAACAUGGCCAAUCUUUACUCGAGAUCAACUUCCUGGUGAUAAUAAUAAUAAUUUAUACGGCCAUCAAACAUUCUUUACAUGCAUUGAAGAUACUACUGGAAAGUCAUUUGGUGUUUUUUUAAUGAACAGCAAUGCAAUGGAAAUUUUCAUCCAGCCUACCCCUAUAGUAACUUACAGAGUUACUGGUGGCAUUCUGGAUUUUUACAUCUUUCUGGGAGAUACACCAGAACAAGUAGUUCAACAAUAUCAAGAGGAUACACAGAUCACUGAUAUUGACUAUAUGGAAGACAAGAAAGAUUUUACUUAUGAUGAAGUUGCAUUUAAAGGGCUCCCCGAAUUUGUUCAAGAUUUGCAUGACCAUGGACAGAAAUAUGUCAUCAUCUUGGAUCCUGCAAUUUCCAUAGAUAAACUUGCUAAUGGAGCAGCAUAUGAACCCUAUGACAGGGGAAAUGCAGCAGGUGUGUGGGUAAAUGAGUCAGAUGGAACUACAGCAAUUAUUGGAGAGGUAUGGCCAGGAUUAACAGUAUACCCUGAUUUCACUAGUCCAAGCUGCAUAGAUUGGUGGGCAAAUGAAUGCAGUAUUUUCUAUCAAAAAGUGAAUUAUGAUGGACUUUGGAUUGACAUGAAUGAAGUUUCCAGCUUUGUUCAAGGCUCAAAGAAAGGAUGCGCUCACGACACGUUGAAUUAUCCGCCUUUUACUCCAGAUAUUCUCGACAAACUCAUGUAUUCUAAAACAAUUUGCAUGGAUGCCGUGCAGUACUGGGGGAAACAGUAUGAUGUUCAUAGCCUCUAUGGAUACAGCAUGGCUAUAGCCACAGAGAAAGCUAUACAAAAAGUUUUUCCUAAUAAGAGAAGCUUCAUUCUUACCCGGUCAACGUUUGCUGGCUCUGGACACUAUGCUGCACAUUGGUUAGGAGACAAUACUGCUUCAUGGGAACAAAUGGAAUGGUCUAUCGCUGGAAUGUUAGAAUUCAGUUUGUUUGGAAUACCUUUGGUUGGAGCAGAUAUCUGUGGAUUUGUGGGUGAUACCACAGAAGAGCUUUGCAGAAGAUGGAUGCAACUUGGGGCAUUUUAUCCAUUCGCCAGAAACCAUAAUGGCGAUGAAUAUGAGCAUCAGGAUCCUGCAUUUUUUGGACAGAAUUCACUUUUGGUUACUUCAUCAAGGAACUAUUUAACUAUUCGCUACACCUUAUUACCUUUCCUCUAUACUCUGUUUUAUAAAGCCCAUAUGUUUGGAGAAACAGUAGCAAGGCCAGUUCUUCAUGAGUUUUAUGAGGAUACAAACAGCUGGGUUGAGGACACUGAGUUUUUGUGGGGCCCAUCAUUACUUAUUACUCCUGUUUUAAAACAGGGAGCAGAUACAGUGAGUGCAUAUAUCCCUGAUGCUACUUGGUAUGAUUAUGAAACUGGUGCAAAAAGGCCUUGGCGAAAACAACGUGUUGAUAUGUAUCUUCCAGCAGACAAAAUAGGAUUACAUCUUAGAGGAGGUUAUAUCAUCCCCAUUCAACAACCAGAUGUAACAACAACAGCAAGCCGUAAGAAUCCCCUAGGACUUAUAAUAGCGUUAGAUGAAAAUAACACAGCAAAAGGAGACCUUUUCUGGGAUGAUGGAGAAACUACAAGUAAGUUUCAAAGUAAUAUACUUUUAAAUUGUAUAAUAAAUAUUACAUACUUUUUUUCCCAGAACGCUUUAAGUAUUACAUGCACACAUUCAUCAUACCAGGAAGGAACUACCUUAGCAUUUGAGACAAUAAAAGUUCUUGGGUUGACAGACACUGUUACAGAAGUUCAAGUGGCAGAAAACAAUCAACCAAUGAAUGCUCACAAUAAUUUUACUUAUGAUGCUUCAAACCAGGCUACUUCUGGAUCCAAAGCACCUAAUUGUUACUUUCCAAGAGAAGACAACCCUUAUUUAGUCAAGUCAACUCAGUAUUCAUCAAUGGGUAUUACAGCUGACCUCCAAUUAAAUACUGCAAAUGCCAGAAUAAAGCUACCUUCUGAACCCAUCUCAACUCUUCGUGUGGAGGUGAAAUAUCACAAAAAUGAAAUGUUGCAGUUUAAG